AUGAGCCCGAUCAUCUUGCGUGCAAACCCAAAGCCCGACGAUGAGUCGUGGUCGUUCACCUCGGCCGUCCCACCAGCCCGCCGUGCUGGAUACGGCAAACAUGUUUCAUUCACCCCAGACGCGAUCAAGCUGGAUAUCAUCUUGUUUCCCUCGAAUCGUAUUCUCAAUGCAGACGAUCCGUACAAGUUCAUUCUGGCAUCAUUCGAGGGGCUCAGGUUCCCGGACAACCCACCCUCCGUGGCGAGGGAUUAUAUGAUGCGCUUGUUCAAGGCAGGAUUCUUUCUGAAUGGCGUACAAUAUCGAUUUUAUGGACAUAGCAAUUCUCAGCUGAGAUCCCGAAGCUGCUUCUUGCGUGAAGCGAAUACCGACGGAGAGUUGGACGCUCGCAUAUACAGCUUCGGGGAAUUCGAGAGGAUUAUGAACGCAGCCAAACGUGCAAAGCGGAUAGGGUUGCUGUUUUCGAAGGCUGAGCUGGACUGGGUCCUGGACCCUGUGUGGACGAAAGACAUCGAUGAUAUCAUCUACAACGGAGAGACCUUCUCGGACGGUUGUGGAUUGAUGUCCAAGCGGUUUGCAAUGCAGCUGAGUCGUCGCAAACGCUUCAUUUUCCAUGGUCGCCCAUACACACCCUGCGUGUUCCAGAUCAGGUACCGAGGUUAUAAGGGCGUUCUCAUGGUACACCCCGCUUUACCGGCUGAGCACCACGUCCACUUUCGCGCGAGCCAGAAAAAGUUCGCUGCGACCCAAGACAACACGUUCUCGAUGGUUGACCAUUCAGUCCCAUAUGCGUUUGGCCGCCUUAACAACGACAUCAUCGUUCUUUUGGCGAGUCUAGGUAUCACGUCGGAGACAUUGCUCGCGAAACAGGAGUCCUACCACAGAUGGCUGACAGCUGCCUCAACGGACUGGGAAGUCGCCUUCAACUUCCUCUGCUCUCUUGGGAAGUAUGAGCUCGCGGAGCGGCUCCUGCUCCAGGGUGUCGACGACACGCGGGUGCGGAAGGAGAUCCGGUCCUGCCAGAUGUCAGAGCUGGUGGCGUUCAAGAAAAACGAGAAGUUCCGGUCGCGGAUGAUCGUGCUCAAGUCGCGUCUCCUCUUCGGUGUCUGUGACCCUUACGGUGUCUUGCGCGAGGGCGAGAUCUUCGUCCGCGUGUCAGUGCCUCGCAAGGGCGCAUCUACACUGACGAAUACAGACGUUUUGGUCGUUCGCAACCCGUGUCUGCAUCCGGGCGACUGCCUGAAACUUCGUGCGGUUGAUAAUCCUCGCCUUUCCCAUCUGGUGGAUUGCGUUGUCUUUGCAUCCAGAGGGAAGCGCGCGGCUCCAUCCAUGAGCUCCGGUGGCGAUCUCGAUGGUGAUAGAUUCUUGGUAAUGUGGGACCCAGAUUUGGUCCCUAAGAAGGUCGCGGAGUCGUAUACCUAUCCUGCCCCUAAAGAGCGCAUAACGAACAGUGUCACUAGGGAGGAUCUAGCCAAGCACUUCGCCUCGUACAACACCAUGACACUAGCCAGGAUUACCGCGCUUCACGCCAAAUGGGUUCGUUGCAGCCCAAAGGGCGCUAUGAGCGAUGAGUGUCAGGAUUUGAACGCGCUACAUUCUUUCGCGGUGGACGGCGCUCCGGUGAAAAUUCCUGACCGUCUCAAGACACCGCCUGAGCAAAAGGAACCCUAUGUCAUCGACCUUCUCCAGGCAGCGGCCAAACAGUUUUUCGACGAUUUUACGCAGUCGAAUCCUGACGCGUUGGAGACUUCGGCACUCUCGCCUGAUGACGCGACGGAGAUACUCGUGAAGUUCUUGUCGACAGAGAAGGUGGCCAUGUCUGAAUACGAGGUGAUCACGAUGGCCGCCGCGUUUGCACGGAGGCACGGCAUGGAGAUGCGUCCCCACCUGUCUCACAUUGACUUCGGAGCACUCACCUCGGCAGAGAAGCACGCUAUCAGUGUACAGCUCAACCUCACUCCAGAUCGUGAUCCGUAUAUCUGGAAUAGUCUGAUUCGCUCAGAGAUAUUGAAACCGCGCGACAUUGCCAAUCGGAAUCUUGGUGGCCCUUUACACCUGCAGAGGCUCUACGUGUCAACGGAGCAAGGCCGGGCAGCGUUCUUUGAAUAUCUCCGGGAAGCCACCCAACAGUACAAGCGCCGUUUGAUAAUAUUGAAGCCGAUCCGUGACACCAUCUCCGCACAGCCGGAGAUUAACGACAACGUGCUCGUCUGCCCAUUCAUGCCUGUCACCUCGGAGUCUACCUCGACGUACUGGCGCGGAACUAAAGGAUACAAGCUGCACUGCAGUGAAAGCAUGUUCCAACUAUACGAUCAAAAUAGAGCCAAUACCUUCAUAUUCAUCACCCGGCCUCCGGAGAAGUCAGGUUCGGACAUAGUCACAAGCGUAGCAUUGCAGAAGAUCUCGGGUCGUGUCCAGAAGCAAUGCGGCCGCGUAUACCGAACGCCAGUAAUCACCAUCGAGAUUCACGUCGUUUCCAACCGCGAUCGGGUGGCUCAUCAAGCAUUUGACCUCCGGUUUGAACAAGUGCCCACGGAGGAAUUCCUGAAGAGAUUUGACAGUACUCCCCACCCAUUCACCCCGAAUUCUGCCCUCGACAUUCAGUGGGAAGAAGACCAGCUAGGUGCUGAACUAUUUGCAGCCACAAAAGAGCAGGCUUCAAGGCUAUUGGCCGGUCUGGAGACGGAGCGCUUAUGCGAGUACCUGCGUAUCGCCAUUCGGCAUCGAGCAGAAGCCCAGAUAUUCUACAUCUUCGAGGCUUUGCUUGACAAAGAGGAGCUCCCUUCGGAAGAGAUCGCCGAGAGCAUGGAGAAGUACCCGUCCUUGGCUUAUUGCGUUCUGAAGCGCCAUCUCCCAGAAGGCCCUGCAAGGCUUCCGGAAGACGUCGUACAGUUCGGACCUUCGCUGGUGCGCAGUGUCGUGCGCUCUGCGAAUCCACUCGGUAUUGCUUCGUUGGCGGCACUGGAACGACUCGCACCCGAUGUUGAACUCCUCGACCUCGCCACGUACCUGGACACACUCUGGUGGAUUGCCCUGAGCGUGCGUGCUCCUACAGUUAUGCAAGAGCUCCUAUUGGGCAUGCACGAGAGUCGGACCUCCGUACGAUCAACAAGCGCGGCCAUGGAGUAUACUCAUAAAUUUGCCCUUGGGGUCGCUUUCGAUAGGGCAGAGGAAGCCGCGGACGCAUGCCCUUGCGAUGACGCUGGCAGGCCGAAGAGGCAGCGCACGGCUCCCAUUCGCGCGACACUCGUGCCACCAAAGCCUUCUCAAGGUCAAGACGAGGAGCGCGUAGUCGUUGAUGACGCGGUCGACAUGAAGCAUGUCGUGGCUCAUAUUCGAGUCGACGCGCAAACGCCGAUACGCAUACAUUCGCAUGUCCGCCUCAGGAUAGGGUCGCCAGUGGAAGGGCCAAGAGUAGAGGUCGGCGGAGUGAUGCUGGAUGCUAUCGUCACGCGUGCGACCAGAGGAGAGCUCUACCUGGAGCUCAAACAUCCACUGUCGCCCGAGUAUGCGCGAGUGGACUGGUAUGUCUAUAACGCUGGGAGCAUCGCUACGUCGAAAGCUAUGAUGGACGCGGUCUCUAAGCUUGCACUCGAUGGAUUCGAGGCGUGCACGUUCGCCGAUAUCAUCACCGGUUCAGCAAGGAUAGUGGAGACUGACAGCGAGGACCGGGGUAGUCAGGAUAAUGUCACACAGCAGGUCUCGGCUUCCUUGAAUGACAGCCAACUUGCGGCUCUCCAUGCUGCAAGCCCCGGCAAACUUGCAUUGAUCUGGGGCCCUCCCGGGACCGGGAAGACUACGGUGGUUGUCCAGAUCUUGGCAAGAUUCGUGCGCGAGGAUCCAGAAGCCAGGAUUCUUAUGACGGCUUCUACACACAACGCUGUCGACAACGUACUGGAACGUUUCCUCGCUGAGAAUGCGACCUCUCAUCUUCUCUCCCAAGACCAAAUCCUUCGCGUCGCAACUGAAAGCUCCAAGGUCAACAAGUCGCUGCAGAAGUACACACUGGACGCUCGCAUAGGCGGAAGCAUCACCGACGACCACAAUCUUGUGAAGAAAGCCGAGAAGCGCGUGCGGGAGGCACGUAUUGUCUUCACGACGUGCAGUGGCGCGGGUCUAGGAGUGUUGCGAAACAUGGACUUCGACACCGUGCUCAUCGACGAAGCAAGUCAGAUCUCAGAGCCGGUCGCUUUGAUCCCGCUCGUCAAGGGGUGCAAGAGGGCGGUGCUCGUGGGAGACCAUGUGCAAUUGCGACCGACGGUACGCCCGAUGGGCAAGGCUCUGGAAUUUGACAAGUCCCUGUUUGAGAGGCUCUACACUGGUCCGCUGUUCUCCCGCAUGACUCGAACCAUGCUAGAUGUAAGAUCUUCCCUCGUAAUGACAUUGCCGGGAAUGACCGAACUAUCCGGAAUCACAGGUGCAGUAUCGUUUCUCGGAAGACAUGGCACGUUUCCCAUCAAACGAGUUCUACGAGGGCCGCCUCCAGACCGGCACGCCGCGCACGACGAGAUCGCAAGCAGGCUUGGCGCGUCGACCUUCCCAUGGCCUCAGCAAGACGGAAGGUUCUUCCCCGUCGUCUUCGUCCCCUGCGCAGCCGAGGAGGACUUCGGGCGCGCGUCGAAGGGCAACACGGGCCAGGCGCUGCUCGUAAAGCACGUCCUCUCCCUCCUUCGUACGCCGCGCAACGGCAGCGAAGAGACAGCCGCGCUCGUCCAGGCUGUUUCGGUCGCCGUGCUGACGCCGUACUCGCGCCAGGCAACGCUGCUGAAGCAAGAGCUGCCCCAGAGCGCCGGUGCGGUCGUGAGCACCAUCGACGGCUUCCAGGGACGCGAGGCCGACGUGUGCGUCCUGUCGACUGUGCGCGCGAACAUGGAGGGCGAUAUCGGAUUCGUGGAGGACGCGCGGAGGUUGAACGUCGCGUGGACCAGGCCGAAGCUGGGGCUGAUCGUGGUCGGGAGCCGCACGACGUUGGAGGGUAAUAGUCCGCUGUGGAAGAGGGCACUGGCGGCGUGCAAGGAGGUAAGCAUCACGCUGCCAGAUACUACGUGA